CUUAUAAAUACCCACAAUUAUAAAUUUUGCGCUCUCGCUCAUUCACAUCCCUCGGCAUUCUCACUCCCUCAACCUCACCGAGUCACCGGAGAACCGCGCCUUACCGCCCUUAUCGUCGGAAUAAUAUCCGACCGGAACUUCUCAGCCACCAAUUACCAGGAGAAAGAGAGAAAUUUGGACAUUUGAAGCUUGAUUCUCAACAAGCAGAGGGUAUACACCUAUUAGAGAGGGAACAUGAGUGGAGUAGGUGCAGGAGGUUCCUCCAAACAGAAAAUUGAAACCUCAAAGGCAUCUGAUUCUUCCUUCAAGCGUAAACGAGGUGUUUUCCAGAAAGACUUGCAGCACAUGAUGUAUGGUUAUGGAGACGAUAUAAAUCCACUCCCGGAGUCUGUGGCCCUUAUGGAAGACAUUGUUGUGGAAUAUGUUACUGAUUUGGUUCAUAAGGCCCAAGAUGUGGGUUCAAAGAGGGGGAGGCUGUUGACAGAAGAUUUUUUGUUCAUCAUCCGCAAGGACUUGCCAAAACUGAAUCGUGCCACAGAACUACUUGCUAUGAACGAGGAGCUCAAACAAGCUAGGAAGGCUUUUGAUGUAGACGAAGAAAAGCUGGUCAGUGGCGACUGAUGCACAUUGCUUCCUGUUAUGGAGUUGAAAACUUACAAAUUGAAGCACCAUACAAAAAUCUGAAUGAUCAAGCUUUAUUACAAGUUACCUUUAGAACUCAGUCAGUUUUCACUCCUUUUUGUUGAUUUUAAAGGAACUGAGAGGAUGGCAAAUUGGCAAAUACUGUGUUAAUAUGCUUUGAUUUAGGCAUGGUAUUGAAUUAAUCAUUGAGCAUUUGAUGUAACUUUUUAGAAUUGGGUGUGUGUUCGUGUGUUGCUUCCUUGACAUCGUACAACACGUACAAAUGGUACAAUCGAGUCGAGUAUAUGCUAAAUUGUAAAUCGUCAAAUCUUGAUUGUAGCUAAGCUAUACAUACUAUUGUUCAGUUUUAA